GGUGCGCAGAGGCGCGCGGGGCUGAGGGAGCGGCGGGCGCGGCGGUUCCGGCAGCUGAGGGGGCUUCCCCGGGCCCCGACCCCGCGUUUCAGGCAAGAUGUGGCGGCGCUGGGAAGCGGGAUGGGACGAGAAGAGGGAGCUGCAGGAGCUCAACUCCCGGCUGCGGGUCUUCGUGUCCCGCGUGCGGGAGUUGGAGGAGGAGAACCGCUUUCUGGCGCGGGAGUUGGCGGAGCUGCGGGAGCAGGAGCUGAUCGGGCUGCGGGUGCCCGAGCAGGAGCUGGCUUGGCUGCGGAUGCAGCUGGAGGAGCUGAGCCGGGCGAAGCUGGAAGCGGAGCUGGAGCGGGACGGGCUGCGGCGGGAGCUGGAGCAGCUGCAGGUGCUGGGGGCCGAGGUGCUGGCGAUGCGGCGGCGGCUGGAGCCCGAGCUGGCCGGGCAGCGGCAGCUGCUGGAGAGGCUGCGGGGCGAGUGCGUGGCCCUGGAGGAGCUGCUGCUGCAGCUGCAGGCCGAGCACGGGCAGCUGGCGGAGCGGCAGCGGCGGGAGGCGGUGGAGAUGCGGCAGCUGCGGCUGGACCUGGCCGCCUUGCCGCCCCCCUUGGCCGGGCUGAGCCUGGAGGAGCUGGAGGAGACCUACGAGGUGCUGCUGAGCCAGAGCUGCCACGAGACCCUGCUGCGCUACCAGGAGCAGAUCCAGAUGCUGCAGGAGCAGGAGGCGCAGCGGAACCGGGAGAACCUGGAGCUCCUGCGGGAGGAGAGCCGGCAGUGCCGCCAGCACCUGGAGGACCUGCACCGGCAGGGCCGGGAGCUGUGCGGGCUCCGGGAGCGGCUGGAGCAGGAGCUGCUGGCCCUGCAGGACCGCCACGGCGCCGAGCUGGAGGAGUACCAGAGGAUAAUCGAUGCCCUAGAAGAAGAAAAGCAGUUCCUCACCAUGUCAAUCACAGAUUACCUGAAGGAUUAUCAAGAACUGCUGCAGGUGAAAGCAGGCCUCAUCCUUGAAAUAGAAACCUACAGAGCUCUGUUAGAAGGGGAGAGCAACCAGUGGAUUAUUACAUGGAGAGAUCAGCAUAGAGGGAAAUUGCCUCAAGAUAUUAUAAACACUUCAUAUAACUACACUGAUAUUUACUCUACUUAUCAAGAAAGAAAUAGAAAUAAAACAUCACCAGCUGUCAGGAUCACUGACACAAGACACCGAAUGCCCGUGACAAAUAUUAGCAGUUCUGCACGUUACUCAGCCCAGUCAACACAGGCUGGAUCACAGACCACAGGUAGUGGAAGAGCUUUUGGAAGGGAUGUACUUGGUUCGACAUAUCGCCCUUCAACAACUUUCACAAAGGAUGAAAGGAUUGUCACAGACCACAAAGAAUUAAGAACAUUUACUCCAGCCUACAGUAGCUGGAAAAACACUGAAAUGCAGCAAAAGACAAUUCCAGAAAGAAAGAAAACAGAAGUUACAACUUCAUCCACAGUAUCUGUUUCAAAAGAAUCAACACAUGUUGAAAAAUCAGACAAGGACCAGAAGCCUGACACAAAGCCAGGGGUUUCUGAAACCACAAGAACAAAACCAAACUUCACUAGAUUUCCUACUUAUGAGUUCCAUACCAAUCUAAAACCAUAUAAAUAUGAAGAAACCAUAACUGAGACUCGGACCACACUAAAAGAAAAAGGAGGAGACAGCAAAACAACUGAAGAGAGAAAAUCUCUGCUGAAAGAAAAAGAUAAGCUAGAGAAACAAACAAAGGAGGAGAAAGAGAAAACUGAUGAGAAACCUUCUAGAGAAGAAAGAAGUGUUGAUUUUGGAAGGAAGACUGAGCAGAGAAAAUACAUCUACGAGGAAGUCGUUAACCAGAAGUUGUCUGAUUCCAACAAAGCAUCUCAGAGUAAUAAAGACUCAAGGUUACACAGUGUUAAAACUUCCACAGGAAGGGAAGCAGGUGACCAUGUAGCUAAGCCUGCUGAAAUUCACCAAGUGAGCGUUUCAGAAGACUCCAGCCUGAAACACGAAGAGCGAAUUAGUGACUUUAAUAAUAAAAUGGGAGCUCUGUCAACUGAAGAUAUAGCAGAGAAUAUUGUUGCUGACAUUCUUAAAAGUUUUACGCAGCCUUCUAGUUCACAAGUAUCAACAGACACGAAAGUGACCUAUUUUAAUAAGAAAGAACAACCAGAUGAUGGGAAAAUGAAGACUGAGAUUACAGUGCAAUCUCAAGUUCAAGAAAACAUAGAUAUUUCUGGUGAAGCUGAUGUGGGAGGUCUGUCAAACCAGAAUGUAAGAGAAGUGGUUCGAGAGGGUGUUGAAGGAACUCCUUCCAAAGAGGAGAUAGAAGGUAUAGUGCAUCAUGGCCUGAAAGGAAAUGAGGGCAGAAAGAACAUCUCUGUUAAUGUUGAGAUUGUAGAGGAGCCACUAGAUUAUGCCACUGAUGAAAGGACUGAUUUUUCAACACCUUUUGAAGUAGAGGAAGUGGAAGAUACGUUCCCUGAGAGAGAGAGGCGUUAUGGUGAGGAGGAGGAGGAGCACACAACGUUCACCUAUGAAGAUGUAAAAAAGAAGAAACAACGUCAUGAGAGUUUCACUCGUGUGGAAGAAGUCACUGAGGAAGAUGAUUCACCUAUUGAACAAAAAUAUUUUGUAUCUGUUCCUGAUGAGCAUCCUAUUAUUAAUGAGAAAGACGAUGACUCAGUGUAUGGGCAAAUUCAUAUAGAGGAAGAAUCCACUAUUAAAUAUUCUUGGCAAGAUGAAUUUUUGCAAGGCACACAAAGUAAGAGAGAUGAAGGUGUAAGCUCUCCAGAAGAAACCUAUCGAGUGGUAGGGGAGGAAGCCAGUGCCCAUAUUUUAAAAGAGUCUCCAGAAGCUGAAACAUCCCAUGUUGAAUCCACUAUUAUUGAAAAAGAAAUUAAGAUUCCCCACGAAUUUCAGACUUCAAUAAAAGGGCUUUUAUCAAAGGAAACAAAGGACCCUAAACAUCGACUGAAGGAAGCUUUGGAGCAGUUGGAGGGCAGUCUCCCAGAAAGUGUGAAAGAUGAGCUGUUUGCAUUAACAAAAGAAAAUCAAGCUGACUCUAGUAGCUUAGAAUUUGAUAUAAAAAAAGUUGAUCAAGCAGAGGAUGGUGGCUCAGUGACAAUUGUUGCUGAAGUCAAUUUGUCACAGACCCUUAAUACUGAUGAAUUUGAUGCAGCUCAGCUUGGUGAAGUAAUUGCAAGCGAGAAGGCAACGUUGAAAAAAGAUGGCUCGAAGACAGUUGUUGAUGGUAGAAGGAAUGUAGAUGUUUCUUCCCGCAGUGAUAAAUACAUUGCUGUGGCUGAUCAAGAAAUCUAUAACUCAUCCACAGUGAGGAGGAGUGGUGGUGCAGGGUAUCAUACCACUGAAGAAGUUAUUUAUGAUGGUUCAGUUUUGGAAACUGCAGAUUUCAGAGAAGUUUCUCGCUCAGCGCAAUCAACUGAUGAGACCAAAUCCAUGAGGCAUGUAAAGGUUGAUCCAGCAGAAGUUCAGAGGUUUGAGCAGAUUGUCUACAAAGGGCCUGGUUCUGAAACAGUGGAGCUCAGUGCUACAGAAGAUCUUGUUCAAACAGAAGGAUCAUCAGAGUUUAGCCGAUCUGUGAAGCAUUUUAAACUGGGUCCUAAAGAAAUCCAAACCACAGAAGAAGUAAUUUAUUCAGGCCCUAUUACUACAACCAUAGAAGAGAUUGAUUCUGGAAGUCUUUCCCAGAAGUCUUCAACAGACUUCAACAGGUCCACAAGACAUGUCACAGUAGGAUCAAGACAGGUAACUGAAGAAGUCUCUUUUGAAGGACCUGUUUCAGACUCUCUGGAGCUCAAUAGCUCAGGCAAUCUAUCUCAGACAGAAGGGUCUGUGGAUGUCAGCAGAUCAGUAAGGCACUUCAGAUUAGGUCCAAAAGAAUUUCACACUGAGCAAGUUAUCUUUGAAGGACCAAUCUCUGGUAAAGUGGAGGUCAGUGACUCUAGAGACUUCUCACAGGCACAAAGUUCAGUCAGACACAUUCAGUUGGGUCCCCAAGAGUUUAUGACAGCUGAAAAGAUCAUCUUUCAGGGACCUGUCUCUGAGCACACAGAAAUCAGUGAACUGGAAGAUGGGACUCUUUCAGAAGGCUCCAUAAAGCGCUUUAGAAUAGGUCAAGUGGGAGUUAAUACCACUGAACAAAUCAUAUAUCAUGGCUCCCUUUCUGAAACUCCAGAGCUCAUGAACAUAGAAGGACAUCUUUCAGAGAAUGAAGGAAGCUCAGACAUCAGGUCUUUCAGGCAUGUUAAAAUAAGUCCUGGAGAAACUCAUACUGAGCAAAUAAUCUUUACAAGCCCUGUUUCUCAAACACUGGAAGAUCUUUCACAGAUGGAAGAAUCAUCUGAGAGCAGUAGGUCUGUAAAGCACAUUAAAGUAGGAUCCAAAGAAGCAUCUUUUAGUUUUCAAAUGGAUGUUUCCAAUAUGGGUGGAAUAUCCACAAUAAAAAGUGGAGAACAGCAAGCAACAAUGCUCGUGUCCAAUCAGCAAGACCCUUCUGUUAGUCAGAUUGUAGUUGAAAGUGACCAGAUUGGAGGAAACAAACAUCAAACAGGCUACGUUCUCUCCAGUUUUUCUCAAGAUCAUGGUGAAAAUGUAGUGGAAAAAUCCUUUUUUGAUAAAACUGUACAGUUGCAAAGUAUGGUAGACCAAAGUUCAGUUGUUUCUGAUGAAAAGAAAGUUGCUUUUCUCUAUCUGGACCGUGAGGAGGAAGAUGAUGAUGAUAAUGAUGGACAGUGGUUCUGAAAGGAAGUCUACUUAGUAAUUUGUUUAUACAGAUUUUUGGUUAUCCUUUUUUUUAAAGAAAAAAAAGAGGAAAAAAGGGAUGAGGAAGCAUUCACACUAUUUAGAUUAUUAAUAGUGGACUGAGAAGUAUUGAAUCUAAGCCUCUACCUAUUCAGCACACUUCUUACAUUACUGGAAAUUGUGUCCAAUAAUUUCAGAUUUCUCUACCCAGAGAGACAGGAAUUUGCUACUGGGGAAUUUAAAGGAUUGUACUUUUUGUUUGUUUUAUAGCAGGUCAGCUAAUCAGUGUGUGCUUGAAUAGGACUCUUCCAUUAUUUUUUUAAAUACUGUAUUGUACUUGGUAACUAAAAGAUUCAGAAAUUCUGUUUAAAUCUCAAGCUACUAACCACAAAUAGAAUAUAAGACUAAGGAGAGUGGUAGGUAGCUGAUUUUCAGUUCUGUUUGCAUACUUAUCUGCAAUACCUAAUGGAAACAUUAAGAUACAGUUAUAACAGCUAUGAAAAAUAAAUACGAUUCUGUAGGAUCGAAGUAAGAAUAGCAAGAAUUGAGAAGAAUAAUUUGUAUAGGUAGAAUGCAGUGGGAAGAAAGAGGUAACACUGAAGCAAGAAUUUAUCACAGUAUUCAUAAUGAGAAAUAGUGAUUUGUAUGGUUAGACAAUAGUACAUUUAAUAUCUUUGAAAAGAAAGCAAAUGAAAAAACUAGGCUUGAUAUUAUUUGCACUGAAGUAAGGUUCAGUGGCUGUUCAUUAGUGACAGCAACUCAUUUUGACACUAGGUAUUGCUAAAGGUAAGUGAGAAGUGUCAGACAUUAUUGCAUAAUGCCUAGUUUCUGAAGACAGUGAAAUUAGCUAAUCUGUCUCCUGUUCUGCAGAAAACUUGUAAAAAUGGCAUUGAUGACACUUAAUAUCCUUGUGCCAUUUCCAGAUCAUCCUUUCUUUGUUUACAAAUGACUAAAUGCCCUUUCCAAUUACGAGCCCUGAAAACCCAACCUGAGAUUUGAAUGUUCCUUAUUUUUCUUUUUCUGAUUGUAACCUUUGCCGCAGGCUAAAGUUGGUUUCUACUUAAAUUAUUUGCAAAUAAGCUAAUUUCACUCGGGUUGCACAUUGGUUAAAUGAAGGACAUGAUUUAACUUCACAAUGAUAGCUCAGUGACUUGGAAGCCCGGAUCAGGCCCCGGAGCUGUACUGAGCUCUGCAGCACCAGCAGAAGCAAAAAUAGCAGCCAAAGUAUUUUUGUCACUGAAGUAAGAAGAUAUCAUUCUGGACACAUACAAGAUAUAAGAUAUACAGAUGAGGAGCUGCUAUUUUUACACGCACACAUUCACUCACUCACUCUCUCUCACACCUUCUCUGCAGAGUUGAAACAUCCGUAUCCGGGCAGCUGCGUCGGGCCGGUGGUCUCUGACUCUCCAUUUUUUCCCUGUGGUUAUCUAGGCGUAGUUUUGUGUGUGUUAAUCCAGAUUAGAAUCCAGUUAAACUGCCAUAGUCUGGCAUGGCUAGUCACCUUUCAGAUGCCUUAGUAUUAACAGAAGCUAGAUUUUUCAAAACUGGCUGCUGCUUCCUGAUUAUGGAAUGUAAACGCAAAGCUCCAGAGAAGCUCCCUGCUGACUGACAGGUCGUGCUGUUUCAGAGAUGGGACAGUUGAAUUGUUGUGUGCCUUAGGUACCGAGUUUGAAACUGUACAGAGCUACCUGUUCCAAAGAUGAACUCAUGAGUUUUGUCUGCACUGCAACAUUUUCUGUAUGUUUUCCUCAUUUUGUCUAAGUGUGAGAAGCAGUGGAGGUGGGGGUUGAAUAUUUUUCCAUCAGGUACCAUGAAAUAAUUUGUUGUGUAACAAACAGCUGGAAAAAUGAAUAGGAAACUGAGCUGUGUAACCAACAAGAACUAUAGGUUUCUGUACUUAAAAGAUCAAUAGAUUUACUGAUACCUUGUGGAAUCUUUGACAGACGUGCUCCUUAGGAAGAACUAAACCAAAACUCUGGUAUGUUCAUCUUCACCUGCUCAGAGGAUUAUUGUGUCAGGUGAAGGAAUAAACCAGUGAGGAGCAAGUGAAUCAUGCAAAGCAGAUGGCCUUAGCACUAAAGGAGGGGAAAACAAAAUAUCAGUAUUAUUUCCACUGAGGCAACAACAGCUCUUUAAAAAUUCUUUUAUGUAUCACUUGUCAGAUGUAGUAGGUUGUACCAAGAUCUGUUUCUUUUUUGAUUGUCUAGAGUGGGAAAAAAAAAAUGUUCAGUGUACUUUAGUUCUAUUCAAGAUCAGGAUUUUGAUCAUCUGUUGGAAAGUUAGUUUAUCAUAGGGAACUGGAAAUGUGCAUUAGUGUGACAUUGGAAGAUGUCCCCAGUUCCUUGGCGUCAACGCUUCAGGCUGUGAUACCAGGGCCAUAGGUACAUGCAGUACCAGUAACAGCAAAGACAACCUACUGACUGUCUAAUGUACUAACUCACCCAGCCUGUGGCUGGAAGGAUUGGUGAUACAGCUUUGGUCAGCAUGCACUUCUGAAGCUUACUCAUAUAAGCUGUGCUUUUCAUUAAAUACAUUAAAUUUAUUGCUGCGUUUGAAUAAAACAAAAUGCUUUAAAAAUAUAAUUAAUAAUUGGGGGGGGCGGGGUAAAAACUAUAUAUUUAUAUGCUGAUAUAGAUCAGAAGUGGGGCACUGUGUUCCAAAUGUGUAAACCACUGGUCUAGAAAGCAAAUAUAGCACAGAAUAUAAAGACAGAUGUGUGAGAGACCUAGAAGACUGUAUUGAAUGAUGUUUGUGAGUUGCAGGUGUUUAAAAAGACGGUAAGAAUGUUGAGACUGGGCUGCUGUCAGCUGUGUGAAACUUGGCAGGCAGCUUGUGUUUUGGUCGUUUGCAAUGAAACUGCAUUUUUUUGUGGUGGUAUAAGAUUUGUGAUUUUACACUUUUUCACUCUUGAGUAUUAAACAAUCAAAAUCAA